AUGUUACGGCCGUUGGAGAGGUGUCAGCAGCAGUGGCAAGAGCUGGAAGAGGAGUUUCAGCAGCUCCAGCACUGUGUGUUUCUGCGCUGUGCUUUAAAUGGGCUGGGACCGAGCCCCAUCAUAGAGAAUCGUCAGCAGCAGUGGCAAGAGCUGGAAGAGGAGUUUCAGCAGCUCCAGGAAACUCAUAAGGUAUAUAGACAGAAACUUGAAGAACUCAAUAACUUGCAGGAUGCUUGCAGCAGCUCCAUUCGAAAACAAAAAAGGAAGUUAAAAGACCUGAAAUACAGCCUCCAACGGUGCAAAUACACAUCUAGUCCCGAAGAAUGUGAUCUCAUACAGCAAAUUAACAUCCAGAUCAAAGAAAGGCAAAAUGUUUUCUUUGACAUGGAAGCCUAUUUACCAAAGCGAAAUGGUUUAUACUUAAAUCUGGUGCUGGGAAAUGUGAAUGUAACUCUUCUGAGUAAUCAGGCAAAGUUUGCCUACAAAGAUGAAUAUGAAAAAUUCAAACUUUAUUUGACAAUAAUCUUGUUACUUGGUGCAGUAGCAUGCAGGUUUAUUCUUCAUUACAGGGUGACAGAUGAAGUGUUUAACUUCCUACUGGUGUGGUAUUACUGCACAUUAACAAUAAGGGAAAGCAUUCUCAUCAGCAAUGGAUCAAGGAUUAAGGGCUGGUGGGUAUCACAUCAUUAUGUCUCUACAUUUCUAUCUGGAGUAAUGUUAACAUGGCCAGAUGGACUCAUGUAUCAAAUGUUUCGCAAUCAAUUUUUAGCGUUUUCAAUUUUUCAGAGCUGUGUACAGUUCCUACAAUAUUAUUAUCAAAGUGGCUGCCUUUACAGACUCCGUGCAUUAGGGAAAAGAAACCACUUGGAUCUUACAGUAGAAGGAUUUCAGUCUUGGAUGUGGCGAGGGCUGACCUUCCUUCUUCCCUUCCUGUUCUUUGGGCAUUUUUGGCAGCUCUAUAAUGCAAUCACACUUUUUGGACUGUCUAGGCAUAAGGAAUGUAAAGAAUGGCAGGUUUUUGUACUGGCUCUCACAUUUCUGCUGCUCUUCCUUGGAAAUUUUCUUACUACUUUAAAAGUGGUGCACACUAAGCUACAGAAAAACAAAGAUGAAAUGAAGAAACUGUAAAACUGGAUUACUGUGGUGGACACUAAAAUGAGGGAUCUGUCAUCUUCUCACUCGUAGCAGAUAAUUUAUCAAACUGAACCUGGUAAACAGCAGCUAUAUUGCAAACAAACCCUGGAAGAAAUCCCUGUUCAUGUUAUGCUAAGAAUGUGAACUCUCCUGGCACAGACUGCUGUACAGUAUUAUGCAAGCACUGCUCUUCAGCAUGCAGCCCUAUUAUUUAAGUAUAUUUAAUACAAAACACAGUUGGUGUUUUUCCUUUGUAUAGACAGCAGUCAUAUGGCAUGCACCUGCCGGAACAAACACUAGUCUUGGGAGAAAGUGGUAUUUUAUUUGUUGUUGGGCUGGGUUUUUUUGGUCCAUCACUAUUUUAUUUCUGAAAUUCCUGGUACUACAUUAGUAAAACUCUAAAAAUUCUUUAGGUCAACUGGUAAUGAAGACCUAAUGUCUAUCUCUAAAACUGUUAAUUAAAAUACUAUAUUUUCAGUGGCCUAUGCUAACCUGUGUGUACUGUGAAACUUGCCCAUAUUUGUACCAUGCUGCUAUGCACACUUUUUAAAAACCUAUUUAAAGAACAAACUUUUUUAAGUUAAUGGUUUAACUGGUUAUGUUUUGUUAUUGGCUUUGUUUGCGGGAAGCCUGGUAAUACUCAGCUAGAGAUCAGAUAAUCUGGUCAGCCCUGAAAAACGCACAAAAUAAAUAGUACAACACAAA